CCUGGCCCAAGGAUUUCCAAGUCCGGGCGGCUAGCGGCCCCCUGCUAUUCCCAACUGCCAGCUGAGUGCCUUGAACCCAACAAGCGAGAACAAACAAGAGAAAUGAUGAACAUCUGCCUGCUUCAAUUGAGAGAAACCAUGAAUGACUUACUGCCACUCAUCACAGUCAUUUUAAUAUCUUUAAUAAUUUCUUUCUGGAAAAAGCAACUUCAGAGAAACAACCCUGAAAUAUCAUCUAAUUCAACCUCUUUAGUGCUGGUAAGACCAGCUUCUCGUUCUGGGUCAACUGCGAUCGUUACCAAUGAGAGUCUUUCGGUCAACAGUCUCUCUUGGGAUACGUUAAAUGAUUUUCCACAAUCAAUAGCCAUACAGAAGCGAAUAUUGAUGAACCUCAGGAUCAUGGAGUACAAGCUGGCUGAACUGGAACAUUCCCUAGUUAUCAAGGUUGAAAAUGGUGCAUCACAUAAACCACAAUUCCACUGUAGAUCUUUCUGAAUGUACUAAGAGUCGAGGCAAUCAUUAAAGGCACUUUGAGUGGAUUUA